AUGGAAUGUAAACAUAAGCAUAACAAAAACAGUUAUUUACCAUACACAUUCAAAAAUUUCCGCCUUUAUAUUUCAGGUGUUGGUAAAUCUUGCACUAUCAACCACUUGUUAUCACUAGCAAUAGCAAGGACAUCUGAAGAUUCGUCAGAAACCAGGAGUACAACAUGUUAUUCCAUAAAGGAAAAAAUCCAAAGUUUAGGUGUUUCAAACUUUUUGGUGGAUUUAAUUGAUACUCCUGGAUUAUCUGACGGAGAAGGUUUGAAACAAGACGCUGCAAAUUUUAAAUCAAUCUCCAACUAUUGUAUUAGUGAGUUUUCCGAGAAGAUUUUUCCAAAUAUUAUUUUUCUAUUUUUACAAUCUAACGAUAACAGAUAUAAUCAUGAGAGAAGCAAGUUUGUAUUAAGCUUAAAGCAAAUCAAAAAACUUAACAUAGUAUGUCAAGAGUUUCCAAAUGUUGUUGUAAUUAUCACUUUUGCUUGUUCUAUUGCGUUUGGUGAUGUUGAAAAAUGGAAAGAAAAACUAAAUCAAAUUUCAAGUAAAAUCAAACAUCUUGUAAGUAAACACCUAGGGAUUGAUUCCUUGGUUGUUUGGCUAGAGAAUGAUUACGAAUUUUGCGGUUUAACAGUUUCUAAUGACAACAAUUCUUCAUUUUUACCCGAUGGAACCAUACAGCCAGCAAACCUAUACAAAGCCAUUGUAGAACAAGCAAGAAAAAAUAACGAUGAACUACUGGAGAAUGCUAUGCAUCAUUUGUUUUCCAACAGUUUGAUUCGUCGUGUAGAGGUCUUUGUAAGAAUAACCAUAAAGGCAAAAGAUACCCGUUUAGAAAAACUAGACGAGAAAGAAAACAAAAUACUAAUGGAAAUGCAAACGGAUCAAGGAGGUUAUGUUCCAGAAAAAAUUAUUCCACCUGCACAUAUAUAUAUGUGUGUUGGGGCUGGUCUCAAUAUCCUUAGCGAUGAACUCAAACCAAGUCGUUUAUUUGAAGUUGAUGAGAAUGACACAUAUAACUCGUUUGGAAUUCAACUUCCUAAAGGUUUUCAACUUGUGUUUGUUAAUGAAAUGCGAAAAUUUAGUGAAUACUCUAAAAACCAAACUGAGUACGUUAAAAAACGUCUUGCUUGUCUUCACUUUGAUGCUAACGUUGAUUUAUCCCUAUUUAAAAUGAAAACAAGAGCUGGUUUUGUUUAUUCAUCUAAUCUUUCAAAUGAAAAAAAUAGUAUUAACCAUAGCCUUCUCCAAGAAGUUAGGCUUUUCAAAGUUGAAAUAAAAGAAAGCACUGAGUUAAAGUUAACAAAUGAGUUUAAAAAACAUGUAAAUCUACUUCCCGACAAAUACAAUCGUUAUGAUUCAUCAAACAAGAGUUUGUACCAAUCAUUUUUUAACAGAUGGGGACAUUUCAUUGUUAGCUCUGCUUAUGGAGGAGGAAGUGUAGAAAUAAGUCAGUUUACAGAAGAUGCAAAAAAUUUUGAAGAGUCAUCUACUAGUUCACAGUUUCUACUAGAAACAUCAUUUGAUGUUUUGUCCGGCGGUGAUGUUUUAUCUGACUGUGGCAGUAAUUUUUCAGAUUCAACCAGGUUUUCAAAUAUAUCUUUAAAGUGGAACGGAGGAGAUAGUAAGUUUCACAUUUUAAACUUUGGCGAAUCUGACUUAUCAAGUAAAUGGUCCCGUUGGAGAGAGUCUUUAAAGACCAAUCCAUCAAUUCUUACAACUGAAAUGUCUCUUGCUUACAUCUAUGAAUAUGUUGGGCUCGUCAAUCAGUCAAAGGUGCAAGGGUGUAAAAAUGCACUAAAUGACAUCUUGUGA